GUCUCUCCAACAGCAGACACACUCUCUCACUACACACACACACACACACACGCACAGUGCUCGUUAAUAGGCUCCAGAUGCCUUUACAGAAAACGCACGUCUGCAGGCUGUGUGGACUGCAUCUUGUCUUUUGAAUCACGCAGAUGUGAAUCUAUCUUUCUUUCAUCGACAAAACAAGAAGAUUAUGGGGUUUGUGUGCAAUUUCCGAGCACGUGGGAUUGGGAAGCUCAUUUAAAAGGCUGGCGGCUGUGUGAUGGAGGAGCGCGGCGGUGCUGCAUCGGAGGAAAUUAGUAAGAGGUGCAGAGGAGAUAAUCAAUGAAGACACUGAGGGCUCCUGUGCGUCUGGACAAGGUCACAGUCUAGCCUGGGUGAGAUUAUGUCCAUUCGAGGACAACAACAACGGACUUUUUUCGCUUCCUCUCGGGGGAGGAGGUCGUCUGGAGAUGUCCACAAGAGUUUCUGUGUUGGAUUGCAGAAGCAUUGAAAACCCCCUCCAUCUGCAUCUUCGUGGUUAAGCUUUAUUUUUGACAACCUCCAAGCUGCAAGGGUCUUUUUUUCCCUCCUCCCUCAGCCUGGAGAUAAAGUUUCUCGCUUUCUCGACAGGGUGGGUGUUUUUAUGCAGCCGCCGCUUCGUUUAACUGCACCCAGUUGAACCCAGCUGAGGUGAUUCAGAGGCUGCUGGGUGAAGGGAAAGGGUGAGUAGAAGGUGGAUUGAAUUCCAUCGGAGCAGCAUCCCAAACAGCGGCGGCCAGCUGCGUUUCUGGACUGUCACAUCUGUGUUGUUGUCGUCGCUGUCCAUGGUGCUGAACCCGAGCUCCAGGAAUGGUGGAGACGCUGAGUAUCGCAGUCAUCGGUGCUCCCGGAGUGGGGAAAACUUCUAUAAUCCGCCAGUUCAUCUAUAACGAUUUCUCGGAGGUGUACACGCCGACCAGGACCAGAUAUGUGUACAGACCCUCCGUCAUCCUCAACGGGAACAUGUAUGAGCUAAAGAUCCUGGACGUCCCGCCAAUCUCCUCCUUUCCAUCCAGCUCCAGUCAGGAGUGGCUGGAUUUGCGCUGCAGAGGUGUUCGCAAUGCCAACGCCUACAUCCUGGUGUACGACAUCUGCUGCGUGGAGAGCUUUGAAUACGUCAAGAUGAUCAGACAGCAGAUAGUGGAGUACAGGGAAGGCAGCAGCAGUGAGGUGCCAAUCCUGGUGGUGGGCACCAAGAGAGAUCUGCAGCGGCAGCGCUUCAUGCCUCGCAGGGCGGUCUCAGUCCUGGUGAAAAAGACCUGGAAGUGUGGCUAUGUGGAGUGCUCAGCCAAGUUUAACUGGCACGUCGUCCUGCUCUUCAAAGAGCUGCUGGGCAUCGCUGUGUCACGCGGCAUGCGCGGGAACCAUACCGCCAUCCGCCUGCAGGGGGCGCUGCAGAGGAACCGCUGCAGCAUCAUGUGAGCCCGAGAGCUCCCUCCAGCCCUCUCACCUCAGGAGUGGAGGGGCAGUGGAGAAAGAAAACUGGACUUUUUAUAUAAAUGGCUGGAAAGAUACCCUGUGGCCUCCUGCUUUACUGAGCUGAUUUUUCACAAUGAGGUUAUAGUCUCUUGCGCUGUAAAAGAUACCCACAUUUCACACAGUCAUCCAACCACUUCCUAGUCAGAUUCUGCGAAAUGUGUAAAUGCAAGGAAGGAAGUAUAGAAAGCAAGUGAAAACCAAUAUGAAUAGCAAAGCACAGUUCUUUUUUCUUACAUCAACUCGACGGUAACUAAUUUGAGGCUUCCCAAAUGACACAGCGACAGGUCUUUAGAGGGUUGUGUCGUGGAUGUAGGGCCUGACAGGGUGAGGCUAGCAUUGUGAGACUUUCAACAAGUGGCAGCAAUAUAGAGUCUUCCUUCAUUCAGAAAGGUCAUAUCUAACAGAUUUUGAUUUGAUUGAGGGUUUAUGUUCAACAAAAUAUAAAACAGAGCUCAAAUAAAUAAGCUUCACUUCCAGGGGGAGUAUUUCCAUAUGUGUAGAUACAUUUUGGAUUCUGAGAAGUUGCCUGCAUUCUUUUUUUCCUUUGACUUCCCUGUAUUAAACUUGGCCUAUACAGAGAAAGCUGUUUGUUCAGACGAAAGGGGUUUUAAGGUUGUCUUGCUGCAGAAAAUGCUGCAGUCCCUAUCACGAUGUGGGCUUUAAUAUGCUCCCUCCCCUUACUCAGUGUCUGUUUCUGAAGAAUACAUUCAAUCCAGGGAACUGCAGGAGGCUGCAGAGCCUGAAACAAGUACGUGUGUGUGUGUGUGUGUGUGUGUGUGUGUGUGUGUGUGUGUGUGUGUGUGUGUGUGUGUGUGUGUGUGUGAGAGAGAGAGAGAGGCACGUUUGAUAGCUGACAUUCAGGCAAGCAAAGGACAGGCACGGCAAGACUAACGACUGAUGUAGAAUGGAUUAGGGAGGAGCAAUAAAAUCUCACAUGUCCUGGCUGACUGUAUGUAUUCCCACAUUAUACUAAAAAUGCCUCACGUAUAGUAGACGUAAUCCUCUCACUCCGAUAUCCUGCAGAUAUAAGGAAGCAGAGCUUAGUGACUUCCAUAAAACACCCCAUGAGUGUAACACAGACACACAGGGAACCUUGAAAAAGCUUUCUUAUCAGUAAGUCAAUAGUAUCCAAUUGGUAAUGUGAACAGUUGCUUUUUCAUUUGAUUAGACCUAGUUAGGCAGUGUGAACAUGGCUGCACUGAAAGUAAGCAGACCUAUUGUAUAUAAGAGUGAUUCAUGGAGUAAUUGACUUGCAUGCUUUUGUUGGUAGAGCCAACGGGUCAGGGUUCAAUUGCACUGAUGUGAAAAUGUAAUAUUGUGAUUAAUUUUUGUAAUGGUUUUCUGACACUGUAAUGAGCAGCUGAGCGGAGUGAAUGUGGAUGUUUUUCAAUGGCAUGCGAGAGCACCAGCUCUUGAUUCUCUCAACGAUGUAGUGCACCCUUCAUCAGGGCAGAUGGCUGUGUUAGUUUUUUGUUUAUUUUUUUCUAGUAAAAAAAGAAAUAUGUAGCAGCAACUGUGUGUAGCAUGAGUUCUCAUCAGUUUGUCUGUGUGCGCGUUUCCUAAUAAAAAGGGCUACCGUUUUUUUAUCAGAAACGUUACUUAUAUUUAUUUUUAUUGUGUAAUAAGUACUG